AUGGCCAGGCCACCGGCCAUCAGGAACGCUAGGGCCUGCCUCCGGCCAAUCCGUUGCGGCGGGGGCCUCCGAGCCGCCGCAUCAGGCGGUUACUCCCACCGUGGUUGUGUCGGUCGCCCCCGCGGCGGAGGAGCCCAGGGGCUCGGGGCGGAGGCGGCCAUGACGCGAGUUAGACUUCGAAGAGAGGGGUUCCUCGAAGGCAUGCUGUUGGAUAGAUGGCUUCUGAAUUUGGUUCGCAUAUGUGGUUUUGUUGAAGACUAUAGCAUCGUGGACACUGACCAACUACACCGAGCAAGUGUGCCUCUCGGCAUGCCGGCGCUGCCACUCAAGAGCCUGGUGAGCCUCGGGGACCUGCUGGGCUUUGACACUCCUGAGUUGGAAGCCAUCACAGCAAUGAGAGGCAUGUCAGGCAGUAGCAGUUCAUGA